CGUUGGAGGCGGGUCGUUUGCGUGCGCCUCCUCAAGUGCUGCGGAGGGGGAAGGGCCCUAGGCUGCUUCUGUCGUCGCGGCCCAGCUUUGCGCCUUCCUCCAGCGCCUCAGACCGCCUUCCCCGGCCCCCCAGCGCCGCCUUCCUCUCAGCCCCGGCCGACUCUGGGAAGAGGGAGUGAAUAUGGCCCGUCCCUCGGUGUGUGGGACCCGCCAAGCCCCCUCUUCCUCGCCUCCUUCCCCCGCUGAGGAAGUAAAGGAGGCCCACUGCUCUGCAUCCCUUUGUUCCUACUGCAAUAAACCAGAUCCUUCCAGGAAGUCUGCAAGCAGGCCAUGGUUACUCUGGUCGUCUGAAGCAUGCUGCCUCAAAACAUGAAAGAGCUAUUUAGUUAUCAUGUAUCCAACCAGAGAGAAGAAAAACAAAUUGAACACCGAAGAUGUGAGAAAUCCUCUCCAUUCUAAAGGAACCAUAUUGUUUACAAGAUGGAUCGGAGUAAGCGAAAUUCAAUAGCAGGAUUUCCACCACGUUUGGAGCGCCUUGAAGAUUUUGAUGGGGGUGGUGGAGGUGAUGGGACUGUGUCCCAGAUGGGCAGAGUCUGGACUUCUUCAUACAAGGCCUUGAUAAGUGCCUUUUCAAGACUUACCCGGCUUGAUGACUUUUCCUGUGAGAAAAUAGGAUCUGGUUUCUUCUCUGAGGUGUUCAAGGUACGGCACAAGGUAUCCGAUCAGGUAAUGGCUUUGAAGAUGAAUACACUAAACAGCAACCGUGCAAACAUGCUAAAAGAAGUCCAGCUUAUGAACAGGCUUUCACAUCCAAACAUACUAAAGUUUAUGGGUGUCUGUGUACAUCAAGGACAAUUGCAUGCCCUUACUGAGUAUAUCAACUGUGGUAACCUCGAACAGUUGUUAGACGGCAACCAGCAUCUGCCCUGGGCAGUAAGAGUGAAACUGGCCCUGGACAUUGCUCUGGGACUUUGUUACCUUCACUAUAAAGGCAUUUUCCAUCGUGAUCUAACAUCUAAGAACUGUUUGAUAAAGCAUGAUGAGAAUGGAUAUUCUGCUAUAGUUGGUGACUUUGGUUUGGCAGAGAAAAUCCCUGAUUUUAGUGAGAAGCUGCCAGUGGUGGGCUCUCCUUACUGGAUGGCACCUGAAGUGCUGAGAGAUGAGCCAUAUAAUGAAAAGGCGGAUGUAUUCUCAUACGGGAUCAUUCUUUGUGAGAUUAUAGCCAGGAUCCAGGCAGAUCCAGACUUUCUCCCUCGCACAGAGAAUUUUGGAUUGGAUUAUGAUGCCUUUCAGCAUAUGGUGGGAGACUGUCCGCCUAACUUCCUCCAGUUAGCCUUCAACUGCUGCAAUAUGGACCCAAAAUUACGCCCUUCAUUUGCUGAUAUUGUCAAGACACUGGAGGAAAUCCUAAGCAAUUUGAAAAGUGAGGAGGAUGAAAGAGAAAGGAAGCUUCUAACCCUUGACAAUACAGAUCGAAAAUCCAUCUCUGUUUCCAAAGGAUUACUAGAGAGAGGACAAGGAGUCAAAAGACUAAGUUCACUGGAUGACAAGAUUCCUCCUAAAUCACCCCGUCCACGGCGCAACAUCUGGUUAUCACGCAGUCAAUCAGACAUCUUUUCUCGUAAGCCUUGUCGCAAAAUAAAUGUUCAGGACCCCUACUACACACCAAACAAAGGAGCAAACCGCAAAGUCAAUCCUUUCAAUUCUAGGGAAGAUUUGAAAGGAGGAAAGGUGAAAUUUUUUGAUAUGCCAAGCAAAUCUGUGAUAUCUCUUGUAUUUGACUUGCACUCUCCAGAAGCAGGAACAUGUCUGAAGAUGAGUCAACCCCUGUUCAGGCCAUCCUAUGGCACUGACUGGCAGGAAUCCUCUUUCUUUCCUGGAAGACGGAGCAGAUCACUCCCAGUCUCUCCUGAACUUGUGCAUAAAGAUUAUAGUACAUUUGGGGAUCUCUCUUCAACUAUUAGUAGGUGUGAUCCCAGCCAGUUGGGGGCUGAAGUGCGGCAAAAGCUACUGAGCAGCAGUAAGUAUGGUGUAUCUGAGAUCCCUCCCUUUCAGGUCAAACAUCAUAGGCAGGAGUCUUCCCCUUUUCUUCAAGAGGAGGAGAUGGAUUGUUCUGAUGGCUUACAGUCCCAAGAAGAAAAUGGAUUUUGUCCUCUAAAAAAUCCACCUGGGGAGCUUGAACUCAGAAAGACUAUGGGACAUGUUGUGCCAGAUACCCAGAAUGCAGAUGGGAUCUUGGUACAGAAUUUAGACUGUUCAGAUUAUAGAUCCUCAGAGAUGUUCAUAAGUUGUGCCACCUCUGAAGAUAUGGAGGUAGAAGAUGAUACUCAAAGAAAUAUGCCUUCCACUAAGUUGGAGCCUUCUAAACUGUUGUUUAGCACUAAUCCUUCCUCACAGCCAGGCAGAGAGUCUUCUCUUUUUGAAGCAGUGGAUAGUGACAGCUCAGAUCUGGUUUCUCUUCCAUCUUCAAAUGCACCAGCACCAGUAAGCGAGCAGUCAAAAUGUGACAUUUAAAGCCUAGCUAUAAUACUGUGAUGACAAACUCCUUCCAGCAGCUUUGGUUUUAAUUUCUAUGUCAAGAUGCUCUAGGAAAAUGUUGCAAUACAACCAUUUGGAGAUUCCAAAAUGUAUUUGGAGAGACUGCAUGUGUAUGAGAGCACAGAGAUAAUCUUGUGGCUUACCAUAGUAGGCAGCUACUAUACACAGAAAAGUUUAGCCAAAUCUACAUGAGAUGCAUGGAUCAAUACAGGGUUAUAAUUCUGAAACAGAUGGAGUCAGGGACAGACCUAUAAUGAGAUACCUUCCCUCUCCCCCCCCCUCCAAUUUGCAUGUGUCUUUCUGUCUUGUUGAAGAAGUUCUUAGCCUCUACUGAAGGAAUUCUUUCAAUCCUAGUAGUGGCACUUUGUUUUAAAAAAUCUAUAACUUUUCCUUUGUCUUUCUCGCUAGCAGUUGCUGAGCAGAUAUAAAUAGCUUCUUCUGUUUGUUAUAAGAGGUUUGAAAUGGGCAAUGCCCUGACAUCCUAGAUCAGGGUGGAAAACCAGUUACUGAACAUCCACUUCCCUUGACUAUUAACCAUGUUGUUUGGAGUGAUGGGCCACUGGUUCCCAUCCGUGCCCUAGAUGGACAGAGAGAAAACAGCUUUUCUUUCUCCGAUGCAGCAACCAGUUCAAUGUGCUGCCUUGAAAGUCAAAAGUUCCCUUGUAUUCUAUAAACAAAGUUGGACUUGGUUGCAACAGCUAAACUUCCUUGUUCAUUCAGUUGAACGCUUGUUUAAUGAACAGCUUAGAUAUCUAUGUUAGGCAUUCUUUGCCCACUUACUAUUUGCUUUGCCCAUGCUUGAAACUGUUAUUCUCCUGUUUUACUUAAGCAGUAGUAGCUGUUGUAUAAGUAAUUCCUGUUCAAUAAAUCUGAUGUGCUCUUACUCCUAAGAAGAUAAACAACAGUGUGUUCACAUCUCAUCAGUGUCCAUAUUCCUUCUUUGUUGUAGAAGGAAUGAGGAUAUACUGACUAUACAGAUGUCAAUAUGAAAUCCUAAAGUAAGCAAACCUCUCCCAAGUAACAUGCUCUUGAAAUUUAGCUCUUUGCAGCUCUUUCAAUGGCUGGACCAUCACUCUGAACAGAUGUGUGAAGAUUUGGAAAUGUGGUUACAGUUUGUAUGAUCUAUUUUUGAAUUCAUUUGAGGUCCCUCUAGUGGAAGGGAUUUGCUUGCUUGCAUGUUAGGUUUGUCCUCUGGCUUAAGGAAUAACAUGGCUAUUUUGUACUUACAUCCCUCUGAGAAUCCAGGCCAGCCUAGAAUACUCCAAUAUAAUAUAUGAAGGAUUGGAAUGCUUCUGAUCCCAUAUUUUAAUACAUUAACUAGUGAGAACUCCCCUAUGGGGAGGAAAUUAAAAGCAGCGCUGCCGCCAUUUCCUUUCCUAUCCAUUCCUCAGAAAUGAACUACAAAAAAAGUGAAAACCCACGAAGUAUCAAGCAAUAACAUCACAGAGCAAUACUAAAAUCCUGAAGAGCAGAGAACAUCUUGCUUAAAGAUCACUUGUAAAAUCUUGACAGUAGUAAAUAUGUCUGUACUUUAGCCAUUGACACCCUCAUGUUCCUUCCUUGUAUUUCAAACAAAAAAUAUUUAUCCUUUCACCUUCUGUUAACAUAGAUUUCUAAAGCAGCACCAUACGCCAGUUGUUUCCAUUUUUUAGCUCUUUCAUGAUCAGCCAGGAUGAGUAUCCAUAACCUGUAUUUUUGUUUAAACGUAGAUAAUGGAAAACACCUCUGAGCAGUUCUCACACACAAUUUGAAUUUGGUAUCAGCAAAAUGAUUUGUUAUGUGAAUGUUAACUGAGCAUUUGGGUCUGCUUUGGAGGCCAUGAAAGGAAGUCCUUGUCUGCCUACUAUGGUCUGUGACUUUGAUGUGAGCCCUCCAAUAAUCAUGUAGCCUUUGGAUGCUUUAAUUAUGCCCUUUUUAGAUGUUGAGUGCCUGAUGGUGAAUCAAAAGGCACCCCUUUGAACAAGUGGCCUCUGCCCUGACCUUACUCUCUCCUUUGUAUAUUUUUUACCUUUUUACAUGAGAUCUUUCCCUGUACACCCUAGAAUGGAAGUUUCUCCUGGAAGCAGGACAAGCCUAUAUGGCUACUCUGCAUUCUCAGUAGAAUGCUGAGCUAAAGGUUUGGCCUCUUAUUUUAACAUAGAAAAUAUGAAGUGUUCCCUGUUCAUAUUGUAAUGGAAAUGGGUUGACUUUAAAAAAAGCUUUGGUGAAUGCCAAUUCUUUUCUUAUGUGGUUAAAACUAAAUGUAUACCGUCCCUUUGUGCAACACGUAAGAGCCCUUGGCCUCUAACCUGUGCAUUCUAAAAGCCAGUAUUGCAGAGCAGCUGUUGGCCGUUAGCUGUAUUCAGUACAGAAUGUGGUCAGAUAAAUGCAAUGCUUUAUACAAACACAACAGUGAGUAGUUUUGUUUUUAUCAUGUUUUUGAUUUGCUGACAAAAAUUCAGCUUGCUUUUUAUAAGCCACCUGCAGACACUUCUAAGAUUCCUCCAAACUGUUUUUAAUUCACUGAAUUUAUUAAACACAUAUUAAAAGUUAUACAUGUGGCUGAUUGGUGAAAUAAGACUGUGUGAAUAAAUGUAACAAAUUGCUGCCCCAGCAGAAGGCGUGGCCGCGAUAGGUUUAUUUUUGGUUGCUGUAUCUUGUCCAAGAACACUGGUAUUUCUUGCCAGUUUAACUACAGACACUUGAAUAAUUCCUCUUUGCACUUAAUGCUGCUGUUUAUACUGCAUGUCACUACAUUUCUAUGCAAAAAUAACCUAUGGGGCAGCCAAAUAUUUGAUUAAGGUUUAAAGAUCUGUGCAAGAUCUAUUUUCAUAUUUAUGAAGGAAUUUUAUGUCUUAAUAUUUGCAGUCUGUAAAUAGCUAAAACUUUGUCAUUAAAACUUAGGAAAAAAGUUUGUAGCCUGUGCAUAAUUUAACACUGCCAGAAAAGAUUUUUUGCAAAACCUUUUUCUAAUAUUGCAGCUAUUUAUGAAUGUGUAAAGAAAGCAAAUCUUGGUUUUUUAUGUUGAUUUACUUUUUCUGACUUUUUCUUUAACUACAGAAAUGGUAUGUUUUACUGGAACUGAACUAAGUAACCAAAGAUGAAUCUAGUUUAAAGUAUUUACAUAUGUUUGUCAGCUUUUGUAAAUUGUUUCCCAAUAUGCUUUCAAAAUAAAAACAAAUAAAUUUUA